CGCGACCAAGCAGUGACUCAACUUUCAGUUUCUGACACUUCCAAUUGAACCGGUCCUCUUGGAACACGGAAAAACCCGCAUUCUUUUUCUCCCUAAACGACUCGACAGAGGAGUGAAAAGCCACCAGCAGCACCGCAACCAACAUCCUCCCCACGUCCACACACCAGAUGGCGACAGAAGCCAACGGAGUCCCAGUACCCGCUCCGCCUCAGCAGGUCGAGAACCCUGGCCCAGUCCCAGCGGCUGACCCUCCCGCGAAUGCGCCAGCGGACGCGCCAAGGCUGUCAAAUGCCGAACUGAAGGCCAAGGCGAAGGCUGAAAAGGCCGCGCGCAGAGCACGAGAGAAAGACGCAAAAGCUGCCGCCAUCGCCGCCGCCGGGGUAUUUUCGGGCCCAUCACCGGGCGCAGGAGCAGACGGCAAGGGAGGCAAGCCGGGGAAGGGGAAGCAGGAUGCACAGCAGGGCUCCGGUGGGCUCGCCGUGGGACGAACGGGCAAUCAGAGACGACCGUCCCAUGGACAACAGCCCUUGACAGUGGUCGUGGAGACAGACGUUAGACGCGCUAUCCCCGACUGCUUCAGCCACAUCCCAAUGGCAAAGCGCAUCUCGACCUCACAGGCACAUAAGGAUGUCCACCCUGCAGUCCUCGCCCUCGGACAACAGAUGGCUGCGUUCACGGUGUGCGAUAGCAUUGCCAGGCUCAAGUGUACCUUGCUUGCCUUCAAAAAAGUUAUCGAGUCUUAUGAGACGCCAAAGGGGAACUCGCUCUCCCGGCAUUUUCUGCCGCACGUCUUGAACCCGCAGAUCGAAUACCUGACAGAAUGUAGACCAAUGUGCUUUUCUAUGGGAAAUGCCAUUAGAUUUCUGAAGGCAAUCAUCAACAAGUUCGACAUCGAUACCCCCGAAGAAGAAGCCAAGGAAGGGUUGCUCGAGUCGAUCGAUUCAUUUAUCAACGAGAGAAUCACGCUGGCGGAGCUGGUCAUAGCAAGAAACGCGGCAGACAUGAUCUGCGAUAGCGAUGUCGUGCUUACGUACGGUUCGCACCGUCUUGUCCAGAAGACCCUUCUCCAGGCAUGGCAAGAUGGAAAGAAAUUCGACGUGGCCGUCGUUGAUGACCCCUUUGACCAAACGGGUCAGGCCCUCGCAAAGGUCUUGCGACACGAAGGGAUCAGGGUGUUUUACUCCCCAAACCUCAGUGGCUUGCGACUCCAGGUCCGCCGGGCAACAAAGGUCUUCCUUGGCGCUGAGGCAAUGUUUGCCAACGGCUCUAUGUACGGGCCUGCCGGAACAUGCGAUAUCUCCAUGGCCGCCGCUGAUGCGAACAUCCCGGUCAUCGCCCUCUGCGAGACCAUCAACUUCGACAGAGACAGGGUGCCGACCGAUUCGCUGACCUACAACGAGAUUGAUCCCGAAAGAAACUCGGCCGAGGAUUUCCGAUUGCUGUUCGAUACCACCCGGGGUAAGUAUCUCGAAGUGGUUGUGACCGAAUAUGAAAGCGAGACGGGCAACGCCCCAGCGCAGGGGAUUCUAGCAAUCCUAACGAUGCAAGAGGAUCAACUGUGAGCAAGAAAGCCUUUGUAUAGAUAGAUAGAUAUCUUUGGACUGUUGGAGGUGCACACUGGUGUGCAGCUGCGCUGCUCAGGGACAGAAACCUGACGACGAAAUAUAGUCACCUAAUUAGCGUGGCCUUGUGUAAUAGAUGCCUGGCUUAUUCCUCAAUUAUGGUUGUGUAGCACCCCAAGCAGUUGAUAAGGGGGAC